AAAUCUAACAAGCUUGGUAAAUGUCGUGAAGAAGUCGCCUCGGAACAUUUCCUUCCAUGUAUCUACCCGACAUUUCAGGGAUACAUUGUCCGCAUCACUGGAGGAAAUGACAAGCAAGGUUUCACCAUGAAGCAGGGAGUGUUGAGCAGCGGUCGAGUUCGUCUGCUUCUCGCUAAGGGUGACUCUUGUUAUCGACCAAGAAAGGCUGGAGAGCGAAAGAGGAAGUCUGUUCGUGGAUGCAUUGUUGACGCCAACCUGUCCGUGCUGUCUCUCGUUGUGGUGAAGAAAGGUGACCAAGAUAUUGAAGGCCUAACAGACAAGGUGCUGCCUCGCCGUCUCGGUCCCAAGAGGGCAACAAAGAUUCGCAAGUUGUUCAAUCUUUCUAAGGAGGACGAUGAAAACCUUCCCGUAUUAUCGCACCGAAAAUCCGGAGACUCAUCACGCCGACCGUCUUUGGAAGACGUAAGGCCCUCCUCAGGAAGAAGGUACAACAGCGUAACAAGUCUUCGCGAGGAAGCUGCUGCAUAUAACAAACUCAUGACCAAGUUCGCAAAGGAGGUGAAGGAUCAAAAAGUCGCCCGUAGAAGAUCAUCCGCUUCGAGGUCAUCCGAGAGUGAUGUGAAGAAGGCUGCCAAGAAGUAA